AUGCCGCCGAGAUUUCUGAGAGGACGUGACAAAGGCCCAGUUACGGGUCACGAUCAUGAAGCCGGGCCCUCACACCGGCGAACACCUUCCAUCACCAUGAGUACUAGCCCACAGGAGCCAUGGAGACUCUACGUGGAACCAGGGAGGCGGUCAGUCUCUCUCAGUUCCUCACAUUCGUAUCAGCAUUCUUUUGGGCCCCAAUCAGAGAACGAGCCCAACAACCAACCACCUUCUUUCAUACCCUUACAGAGGUCCAACUCUCACCACUCUGUUGGUGACCCUACCCCAGCAUUUCAAAGUCGGUUCAACCCGGCUAACUACCUUCCAGAACCCAUAGGUAACAAUCAAACGGGUGAGGGUUUUUGGAAAUCGGUAUUGGCGAAGUUUCUUAAGCUAAUGGAACAAGGACCGUAUCGAGAUCUCGACUCGGUAUCGUCGAAAUGGCGAAAGAUGAAUGGGUCCGUCAACAAGUUUUCGGAGGAAUAUAAUAAAAUAUAUACAAGUGGGCAUCGUAGUGGGAUGAGCGACGAGGAUGUCUUCAAAAAGGCAUUGGAAAAUUACAAGACGAACCAUAAAAUUACGUUCGCACACGUUCGGGCUUGGGAAGUUAUGCGAACCGCCCCAAAGUGGGUGCCAGUUCCGAACGAGGUGGAGAUGGCAAAACAAGAGUACGCCGUAAGGGAAGCGGAACGUCCCCCGGGCCUGGACAAAUCAAAGAGGGAGGCGGCCUCAAAGAAAGAAAAGCAAAAGGUUAGCGAUUCGAAGAUGAAGGAGUUUAUGACGCAAUUUAAAACUUACACGGAGGUCGCGGCCCAAAAGGCGAAGGCGAAGGAACGGGCGGUCGAAGAAAAGGCACGCGUGGCGGGAGAAAAGUUACGAUUGGCCGAUGAUAAGGUUCGGCUCAAAGAGUGGGAUAUAUUGACGAUGGAUAUUGAUAAUUAUCCCGAACCAAAACGUUCCACUUUAAAGAAAUUGCAAGAAGACAUCAUGAAGAAGCAUCAAAGUAGAUGA